AUGAAAGAUUUUCUUGUUGAUGAUGCUUUUUUUGAAGAUGGUUUUUGUGAUGGUACAACUUGUGAUGAGGUAGAUGUUCAAGAUUUAGGUGAUAGAACUAGUGAGUCUGAUGUGUCAUUUGAGGUAGAUAGUAACUAUGAGCAGUCUGAUGAUGAUGGGUUAUAUGAGGCUAAUAUUGAUGAAGAGGCUGAAUGGGCAGGGUUUGACAACAGUAAAGGGAAAGAACCAGACUUGAAUGAUGACAUAGAUGAUGAUGAUGAUGGCAAAGAUUAUGGAGAUGAUUCAUCAGAUGAUCUCCAUAGUGCUUGUUCAAACUCUGAUGAUGAUAGGAAGAAAGACAAGUUUCAUGAGUAUAGAAGAGAAACUGAUUUGGGAAAGGUCCAGUUUAUUGUAGGGAUGAAGUUUCCCUCAGCAAAAGAGUUUAGGGAAGCAAUAAGAGAGUAUUCAAUAAAAGAAGGAAAAGACAUUAAGUUUGUAAAGAAUGAGACCACAAAAGUAAAAGCUAAAUGUGCUACAGAGAGAUGUGGUUGGAGUGUUAUGGCUUCACUUUCUCAAAAAGUAUGUGGAUAG